UGCACAAGGCAUUAAUUUUACUAUAUACAACGCCCCGCCCAAACAUAACUUUGUGUAACAGUUUCUAUUGCACCAAAUGAUGUUCGUAUUCAAGAUGAUUACGUUGUUAAAUUAAUAUUACAAAAAUUAUACAUAUAUUUCUACUAUAAUAAUAAAAAUUUAAUUAAUAAUUAAUAUAAAAUUCAUCAAUAAAAGAACUAUUUAAGAGGAAUCUUUAAAAUUUAUAAAAUGUCCAUUUUAGACGAGCGAGAGGAUUAUCUGAAGAAUCCCUUCUUUGUGAAGCAUGAAUAUGGUGAUUUUACACCAUUUUAUGUCACUGUCACUAUCUGUUCUCUAUUAUUUGCAUUUUUGUGCAUUCUGAACAUUGGAUUUUGUUGUUCGCGUCAUCGAUAUUACUGGCAGAGUCCUCAUACUGGGAACAGAUGGAUUCAACCAUUAUGGACAGUAUUACCGCAUAAAACACCACCUUUGGAUUUAACUGAAUUAGAACCAGGACGUGCUUUUGAGGCACAAGAGAAACAAGAGGUUUUACAAUAUCACGAUCCAAAGCCAUAUGGAACUGCACCACAAACACAAGAAUAUAUGGAAAUGCAAAAACAAAAUCGAUACUUAAGACGUAUGGUUCAUCGAGAAAGACCGUCUAGCAAGCAUAUUAUGUUAAAAAGAAACGACCAGCCACGAUUCGUGGAUAGAGGGUGAAAGAGAGAAGCCGAUAGAGUCCAUCGAUCGUCGACAGCAAACACGCGCGCGCUCGCCGAAAAAAGGAUCUGAAAACUCAUCUCGAUAAUAAUCGAGAGAAUUAUGAUUGUGUUUCUAUAGCAGUUUUGUAUUUUACACUAACGUUUUAAAAAUUCGAUUCCAAAUUGUAGGCGCGAAAUAAAAUACUCAAUAAGAUAUCUAUAGAGAGAAAGAGAACAGUAAAUUACAGGGCGGGUCUUGUCGAGGAAAAUCGAUGAGGAAUAUACGGAGAGAGUAUAGAAACGAAGCACGAUAGUAUUCUAGGAACAUUCAUUUGUCGCGUCUUCAUCGACGACGCGCGAUCACUUCCGCUACUGAAUCCCGCGCACAUAAAAGAGCCACCAUUUUCACGCUCGUGAUCAACAUUAACAGUUAUAAACAAGAAGAAUUU